CAGUAGGGAAGUGGGUUCGCCCAGAAUCCCAGCCAACCGGGUGGUACGUUUUCGGCAGGCCUCGUCACGUGGAAGACAGCGCGUCAAGCUCAUCAGCUAUUCCUCGUGGGCAGUUAUGACUUAUUGGCCGAGGACUGCCGCGUUCCACACAACAAGAGUCUUUCUGGAACUCCGGGUGUUUUGGAGACUAGGUUGCUCUGCCUCCCGAUAAAGCAUACCUGUGACAGUGUGAGUGACUGUGUCUGUGAGGCACACCUUACUUGCAUUCCUGCCUUUCUGUACAGGCAUGAUUCGUGUCGCUUUAGAUUCCUAUUGUAAGGAAGGAAGAAUCCCCAACACCAUGAAGAGCGUCCCGACGAUUGUAACCUGCGUGGCUCUAACGCUACUUUCUACUGCGACAUCCCAGCUAACUACUGGUGCUGGGUCUACAGCGAGCACAGAAUCCGCGGGCCCGAGCGGAACUGUUCCCCCGACCCUGUCCUUCAUGACGCCGCCCGCAGACAGCACGGCGUACCCCACCUUCCCGGAGGGAUACAGGCCCUGGGACAGGCCGCUACAAGACCAGCCUGUGGAUGUGAGCUGCAUGGGGCGCGUGGACUCUUCGCGUGCCCUAUCGUGCGCACAGGUUUUCAUUGUAGGGGCACGUGGGAACAGGCAGUCCGUGGAAACCCGUGCCCACGGUGAGAACACGUCAGGUUCCACCAUCAUGCACAAUGACUUCUCGUUAAGUCUGAUCAUGGGCUGUGAGUGGAGAGACUUCCGUCUGGCGAACAUGUCAAGCGACAGUUGGUCUCCUCCCCCGGAAAUGCACAUCUGGAAGCCGAGUAUCGAGGUGGUGAUGAAGGAGGAGUCGGGAGAGUCCCACCCUGUCGUCAGCGUGUCGCCCGAGGGGAACGUGCUGCAGAUGAGAUGGUACACCCUGAAGGUGACGUGUCUGAUGCAGCUCCAGGCCUACCCGCUGGACAGGCAGAAGUGCAGCGUUCUCUUCAACAUCCUGGGCGGCGCACGGAUCCUGUGGGGAUGGUCGACAUACUGGUUUCCAGGGGCAACGCCGGUGGUGACGCGUACAUCCGGGCUACAUUCGCAGCUGCAGCUGGAGACGGUGGAGACGUUUGCUUACGUCAACUCGCUGGUGUUACCUGAGGCGAUCUGCGUGUACGAAGGCGGCGCGUGCGACUACGGCGAGACGGAGAACUGCCUGCGGAAGCAGUGCACCAGCGUGGAGCGGAUCACCUCGCAGGAGUGCCGCACGUGUAACUACUUCAGCGGCGUCUGUCACAACGGCACGGUCCAGGACUGCGACAGUCUGCAGGCAGUAACGCAGGGUGACCAGGUGUUCACGACCGGGGAGCUGCGGUUCACGCUGACCCGGCGGCUGUCCUACCACCUGCUGCAGACCUACAUCCCGUCCAUCAGCAUCGUGGCCAUGUCCUGGAUCUCCUUCUGGCUCAACAAGGACGCGGCUCCGGCCAGGACAGCGCUGGGCGUCACCACCGUCCUCACCAUGAUCACACAGAGCGGGCGCACGGAGGCCAUGCCGGAGGUGUCGUAUGUGCGGGCCGUGGACGUCUGGCUGCUCGUCUGUCAACUCUUCGUCUUCCUGGCGCUCAUCGAGUACGCCUCCGUCAACUACAUCUCAAGGACUAUCAGGGCCAAGGUUGAGAAACCCAGCGAGCCUACAGAAAACUGCAGUUUCUUUAAGAUGCAAGAAGACUGUCAGAAUCAGAAUCACCUUGAGACUCCAGUGAAGGUCACAAAGAUGGACGGCAGACAGAUUGCCGAGAAAAUAGACGAAAUCAGCAAAAUGCUGUUUCCUCUCUCCUUCCUCUUGUUCAACCUCCUCUACUGGUCGGUCUACUUCUUCGUGGUGCGCUGAAGUGCGAAACGUCACCACUAGUUGUGCACAACGUCAUCAAAACUAGGGCACAGGACCAUGAUGCGUCAUCCAUCCUUUAAUCGGAGAAAUGGAUUGUGAACGCGCCGACUCGUCUUCUGUAGUGUCUUAUAAGAUCACAUUAGCCGAGGACCAAGCCAUGAAAUAUACACGGACAUAUGGGCGACUUUGGUCCAUCCCAUUCAAAAGCGUUGUCACUGGGAAAGCGAAGGUUGGCGACAGCAAUUUUGUUUUACCGCCAUGCGUGUUCAGGAAGGGACAUGUCUGCAAUAUUUCAGGCCACCUAUUUUAAUGACUCCCAUGAUAUUGCCUGCCUGACAUGUCAGAUGGCCGAAUGGCAGCAUUUUCGCAGAAUCACACCCUCACGAGUCGACAUUUUGGAUGUGUUUGGAAAUGUUGCCUUACUAACUAAAACGAG